AUUUUUAUUUAGUUUGUAACCGUUCUUUAGCGCGGGAACACCGCGCCGAGCCGGCCUUUGCAUCCGACGCUGUUUAUCAAUAGUGUUUUGUUUUUAAAGUCCAACAGAUGAGUGGCAAAGUGUUAAGACUCUUCCUAGCUUCUCGGUGCUCAGGCGCCACCCGGCUUCGGCAUGGGAGGGCGCAGAAUGUUUAAAGCAGCAGCAGUGCUGAUUGCUCUAGGCUACUGCAGCCUCCUGGUAUACCAGGGGGGAGUGCCUUUCAACUUUCAAGAGAAUCGACAAGGAACAGUGCAAGUGCCCGACCUUUCUAUUGAACCUGUGACCAAAACAAGCAUAUUUGACAGUGGACCGCAUAAAAAUGUGACUUUAGAUGAUAUUUUCAUAAGUGUUAAAACAACAAAACAUUACCAAUAUACAAGAUUGCCGAUAAUUCUGAAGACAUGGUUCCAGUUGGCGAAAGAACAAACAUGGUUUUUUACUGACAUAGAAAACCGGCAGCACCAAAACCAAACAAACGGGCACAUGGUGAACACCAACUGCUCGGCGUCGCACCAGCGCAAACACCUCUGCUGCAAGAUGUCUGUGGAGUACGAUCACUUCUUGGAAAGCGGGAAACGGUGGUUUUGCCAUUUCGACGAUGACAACUACGUCAACGUGCCCCGGUUGGUGACUGUGCUCCAAAACUACAAUUACUUGGAAGACUGGUACCUGGGGAGGACUUCAGUGUAUGAGCCCGUGAAGAUAUACAGCAAGCCUCAUAAUAAGAUGACAUUCUCGUUCUGGUUUGCGACGGGCGGCGCUGGCUUUUGUAUAAGCAGAAGUUUGGCGCUGAAAAUGGUGCCUGUUGCGAGCGGCGGCAGAUUCAUCAGUACAUGCGAGACUAUACGGCUGCCUGAUGACGUCACCGUGGGAUUCAUUAUCGAACAUUUGAUGGCCAAAAAGCUAACGCAAGUGCCCGAGUUCCACUCCCACUUGGAGCAGAUGAAGCUGCUGCCAGCAGAGAGCUUCAAAGACCAGAUCUCGUUCAGCUACGCCAAGCUGAAGGACGAGUGGAAUGUCCUCAACGUUCCUGGGUUCGACACCCGGUACGAUCCUAGUCGAUUCCUAUCGCUGCAUUGUUUCCUGUUCCCACAAUUUAAGUUCUGUCCAAGAUAGCGGCUGGAUCCCGAAGAACUAAUUAAGUAAUCCGUUUUGUAAACCGUUGUUUUAAAAUGUAUAGUCCAUUUUAUUGUUAUUUUACUAUUUAGAAAGUACACUACGGGGUUAUUUUUUUAUAUUUGUCUUCCUUUUUUUUAUUCAUUCAAAUAUAGGUAAUAGGACACGAGUUAUUUUUUGUUUCCUUUUUUUAAUGGAUGUCAUUGUAUAAACUCUUAUUUUUUAUUACUUUACGUUAAAAAUAACCCCGUUCAUCAAAAAUAACUUUGUUUUUUUGUAAAACAAUUAUUUUGAAGUUUUCAUUGCGCGGUCGAUGUAAUUUCAUCGCGCAAUCAAAGAUCCAUUUGCAGAACUAUGGAAGAAAGCCAUUUGCUUUUAGAUUGUGAUAUUAAUUUAUUUAUAGAAGGCGAACAACACGAAAGUUUGAAUUGUAUACUGAAAUAUUUAGAAGAUGUAAAUAGACCUAAUUAUUCAGUUAAAGAUAAAAGAGAAAAGAAAAAUUAUAAGGUAAAAAUUUUAAAGCUUACAUCGAGCUCGCCAAAAGAAAAUUAUAAAGUAGAUUAACAUAGUGUUUAACGUAAAUAUAUUUUAUUGUUAUUAUUUGAUAAAUCUGUGAUAUUAGAAUAACAUAAGUUUAAACGGACGUUGUGCUAAUAAAACGUUGUAAUUUAA